CCGUCCAAGGUUUGUCCCCGGCCGGGCGUUUGGUGGUUUGGCGUUGAGGAUGGUGCGUGCCAAGCGUCGCCGGUUACGUACGCGGCCAGCUGGGAGGGAAGUCGCGAGUGUUUCGCGUCCGGCCACAGCGCACGACGACCGCCCAGCAGCAUGCCACGACACCCACCACCGUCGCCGUCCCGCUCCGCCCUCGCCCUCCUCGCUCUCGCCCCAGCCCGCCCACGCCCUGCUGCUCCCCCCGAGCGAGCCGAGCGCUGCUUAUCGCGGCCGCUCGACAUGCCGGCACCGCCAUCGCCAUCGCCAUCGCCAUGUCCUCCCGAGCACCCUCGCGCUCUGUGAGCUCUGCCAGCCUGCCCACGCGCCGCGACACCCCCGUGCCAGAGCUCUCGCCAGCCGAGAAGGACAAGUCCGCCCACAUCAGCGCCGCCUGCCGGGUCCGCGACCUGCCUGCCCUGGUCGAGCUUGCGACCAGCACCCACGGCCUCGUGAGCGACAGCCUGCGUCGCACAGCGUGGCCUCUUCUGCUGGCAUGUAGCAACGAACCGCCCAGCGACACCCCAUGGACGGAGCUGCCCGCUCAUGCAGACGAGCACCAGGUUGCCCUCGACGUCAACCGCGCCUUUGUAUACUAUCCCCAGAAUGGGCUAAGCCAGUCAGAAUCGGAGAAUCAGCUCGACCGGCGGAAGGAACAGCUCUCCGCUGUCAUCCUCGACGUCCUCCGCCGCCACCCAGCCUUGUGCUACUUCCAGGGCUAUCACGAUAUCGUGCAGGUCUUCCUCCUGGUUCUCGGUCCCCAAGACGCGCCUGCUGCAGUCGCCCGCCUGAGUCUGCUGCGCAUCCGUGAUUUCAUGCUCUCGUCGCUCGAUCCCGCCAUCGCCCACCUCCACCUGCUCCACCCAAUCAUCCAUUCUGCCGAUCCCGUCUUGUACGACCACCUCCCAAAAAGCCAGCCUUCCUUCGCCCUCGCCGGUACCAUUACUAUGUUCGCCCACAAUAUACAGGAUUAUGGUGAUAUCGCAAGGCUGUUUGAUUUCUUCUUGGCCCGCAAUACUGUAAUGCCCAUAUACUUUUUCGCCGCCGUCGUCCUUUCGCGGAGGGAAGAGAUGCUGGAAAUUGAAAAGGAGGACGUUGACAUAAUGCACGUGGUGCUAGGCAAGCUACCGCAGCCUUUCGACGUCGAAUUCCACAUCGCGCGUGCCCUCGAGCUCCACGAGCGGCUGCCCCCUGACUCGUUAGGGAGUUGGGCGUGGUGGAGGAUAUCGUCAUCAAGCGUCCUGAAAACACCCUCGACGCCCCUGGAGUUGAACAACAUGUCGUUAGAAGAGGGAGAGAGACUACUCCAGCAGCAAGAGAAGGAAGUACGGAGACAGCAGGCAUUCAAGAAAGCUGCUACGAACGCCAAAUACAUUAGACGCAGACUAUGGUACUACCGACGCCACGGAACCUUUGGUCUUGCCAUCGCUGUGGGCGUAUACGCGUUAUGGCUCGGCAGGAAUGGAGACUUCGCUACGCGGUAUAUGAAUUCAAGGCCACUAAGCGACUUUCUCAGAAAGAUAAUGGGCGUUUUAUCAUUCUAG